AACUGUUGCAAAGUAACCUACAAAUACAGUUUUGUCAAGCAAAGAAUUCUCUGUUCUAAACAGAGAAUCAAAAUGCAUAGGGUUCUUUCUAAUUUCUCUAGAAAAUUAUCAAACACUUCAAAUUCAUUACUUUCACAAAAUUUUCAGCAUCAAAAGACCUUCAAUUCUCUUGCCAAACCUAACUACAAUCAUAAAAAAUGUAGCUUUUCUCAAGUAAACCCACUUCAGAGUUUCUGUUUAUAUCAGUCACACCAUACAGUUACAGGGAAAGUUCAUGGCUUUAUGCCAAACCCAUUGGUUUCUAAGCUUUUAAUGUCAAAUUUGGCCAAUACCCAGUUCAGGGUGUUGAGCAAAAAGGUUACAGAUUGUAAAAUUAGACUCUUGGCUGGUCAUUUUGGUAGAGGCUUUUCUGGGUUUGGUUCUGGUUUUGGUUCAUAUGGCAAUCGCUGGAGUUCAUGGCUCUAUCGGCUAUCGCCAAAUGACGUUGUUUUGGGAUUGAUAUUGGCUAAUGUUGGUGUCUUUAUGCUAUGGAGGGUUGCGGAUGGGAGAUUUAUGGUGGAAAACUUUAUGAUUUCUUUGGACAAUUUCAAAAGCGGACGCAUACAUACACUGGUUACAUCUGCAUUCAGUCAUGUUGAUAUGUGGCAUAUCAUAUCUAACAUGGUUGGACUUUACUUCUUCGGGACAAAUAUUGCUAGAACUUUUGGAUCUGAAUACUUGUUAAAGCUGUAUAUAGCUGGCUCAAUUGGUGGUUCGUUGUUCUAUUUGGCGCAUCACGCCUACAUGGCUUUAUCAACUAAGAGACAAGGCAUGUGGAUGAAUGACCCUUCAAGAACUCCAGGAUUGGGAGCAAGCGCUGCUGUCAACGCCAUCAUGUUGCUUGAUAUAUUCCUACAUCCAAGAGCUACUCUUUACUUUGAUUUUAUCAUACCAGUUCCUGCAAUAUUACUAGGUAUCUUUUUGAUUGGGAAAGAUUUAUUGAGGAUAAUGGAGGGAAAUAGUAAUAUCUCAGGAUCGGCACACUUGGGUGGUGCUGCAGUUGCAGCUCUCGCAUAUGCUCGAAUAAGGAAAGGAAGAUUUUGAGUUCUUGAGAGAUUUACUAACAUAUUGUUUCUGGCUUUUGUUUAUUCAUUCUGUAAUUACCUUUUCCUUUUGAAAUAUCUCCUCAUUAAGUUGAGUUGAACUCCCAGUUAUAGAUGUCAGAUGUUCAUUCUAAUUGCUUUCUCUUGGAUUGAACUUCUACAUCAUUCAUUAAUAUGGCAAUUUAAACUCCCAUCAAAUUCUCUCCAUAA